GCCAGCUUUUCGUUUGUUUGUAGAUUCUUGCUGAUUAGGAAAGAGCAACAGCUAACAAACACAACACGAGGCGCACACACAACGUACAACACUCCCACACAACGCACACACAGCACUGCAUUAGUCAGAUUCAGUGAGGGACAGUGACGUAGACGAUGCCCAAUAACCGGAAUCGCAACCGCAAUCGAAAUCGCAACAAACGCAAUCGAAAUCAAAAUCCACAUCCAAAUCAAAAUCAAACUCAGGCCGAAGAGGUUCAGCCGGAGGAGCAGUCGGUAGAGGCCAGGCAGCCAGGGAUUGCAGUAGCAUCAUCCUCGUCUUCUUCCAUAGAUGAUAAUGGAAAUUCUGGCAGCGUUUCAAAUGGGCCACCUCAGAACGACAACAGCAACGCCGAAAGUUCUAUUAUUUCCGAACCGAAAGUGACGAAUACCCCCCAACAUCAAGAAGAAGGUGAUAUAGAACAAGAUAUAGAAAACUCAUCAGAAAUGGGUGCCAAAAACUCGAAACAUCAGAAGGAUAAGGCUGGCAAGCAGGUGGAGGAGCAGGUGCGACCUGGACCCACAAUCAUACGAAGGCCGCCGGGAAGUCCCCGUCAGGCCAAGGUCAUAGUGCACCGGAUUGUCAAAGAGGAGGAUCUGGUGGACAAAGCCGAGGUUCCACAGCCAGAAGCCAAGGUUGUGGCAGUAAAAGUGGAACCAGAGGAGGAACAGCAGGACAAAUCUGAAGUUCCAGGAGACCAACCCAAAGUUUUGGAAAUAAAAGUGGAACCAGCAGAGGAUGAGGUGGACAACUCUAAAGUUCCAGCAGACCAACCCAAAGUUGUGGAAAUAAAAGUGGAACAAGAGGCCUUGAAAGAGGAUGAGUUGGAAGAGGAAACUAUCCAGCCAGCAAGUGAAGCUGUCAAGGAUGAAGUAGUGACUCAGGUGACUACCAUCUCCGAGAAGCUCAAUAAGGAGCUGGAAGACCUGGUGGAGAAAGCACAAGAGCUACAAGACAUCGCACAAGCUGUAGAGCCAAAACCUUCCCAAGAAGUAACCAAAGUUGAAGAAGAGCAACCUCAGGAGCAGGAACCUUUACCCCUGCUAGCAGAGAAACCUCCCACCAGCAUCCCAGAGGUACAAGCUCAUCCAAUCCUACAGUCACCUCCCCAGCAACGCACCUCCAAGGUGAUUAUUCACAAAAUCCGCCUAGAAACCGACGAAGAAGAGCGAGAACGGAAGGGUAAACCCACAAUUGAGGAAAUCAGCAGUACUUCCGGAAGCUCAUUGGCUGGCACCCUCUCCCCACCGCCACGCUACCUGGUGGAGUCGCCUAAGAAUGUGACUAGUGGAAGUGGAGGGCAGUUCGCGCGCUUCUCUCGGGAUGUGCAGAUCCAGGAACUGGAACUGAACAGCGAUUGCAGUUCGGGAGAGUUCAAUGUCACGCUAUCGCCUCUGGUCUGCGAAGCUGACUCGGAAACCGAGGGAUCGGGGUCGGCCGGAGGAGCUGGUCAGCAGGAGCUAUCUCCGCCAGAACAGCCGUCCAGCAGCAGCCGUGUGGAGCAGAAGGAGCAGCUGCGUCAGAAGCGCGCCCAGAAGCGAAACGCCCUGGAAUCGCACUUCUUGCCGCAGCUGCUGAAUCCGCGCUACCUGGACAGCAUCCUGGAGGAGAACGAGUCAGCUGGACUUCAGCAGGCGGCACAAGCGCCGGGAAGAGGCACCCACUCCUCUGAAGCUGGAGACCAAGUUUUUGGAUCAGUCCCUGGAUUUGGAGAGCUGCACUCGCCUGCAGAGCACCCUGUCGCCCCAGUCCGAGGACGCUGA